UCCGCUGGCGUCCCCAGACGGUGAUCUCCGGUAGAGCACCGGCCCCCUCCCCACAGUCUGACCGUCCCACCGCCGCCCGGAGGGGCUGCUCUCACUCCUCUGCUCAAGUUCACACACCCGCUGGCUGUGUAAGCAGAGUUUGGGUUAGAUAGGCUGUCCCAGCGUGUUUUUGCGUGGCCCGAACUUUUUGCUUUGGAUGGUCGGACCGACUUUUGAUCAACUUUGUAUCUUUUCUCCUGUCAGCAGGGACUGUAGGAAACUUUUAAAAAUACUUUGUGAACAUUUACCGGCUUUGUUCCCUCUCUAUCCGGAUAGAUUGUUGUGGAUGGCGCGGUUUAACCAAGAUGGACACGGGCUGUCUGCCGGUUGGAGACUAGAUAACGCCUUUACCCUUUAAAUUUAGACUUUAUUUAACUGUCUACUGUAAACGUUGUAGCCUUUUUAUCAACUGGAUGUAACCAGACUGGGUCAUUUCCACCCCAGAGGUUACGUCCUAUAAUGAACAUUUUCCCACUGAAGUGUCGGUGAACUUUUCCCACGACUCGCCAUGUCGGGAGUGGUCCGCACCCUGAGCCGCUGCCUGCUCCCGGCCGACGCCAGCCGGGACGCGGGCAGCAGCAAGGAGAGGAGCCGGGAGAGUGACGCGGCGCAGGAGCGGGAGGCGCGGCGCAGGAGCCGGGAGAUAGACGCGAUGCUCGCCCGGGAGAGGAGAGCCGUCCGGCGGCUGGUGAAGAUCCUCCUGCUCGGAGCCGGAGAGAGCGGAAAGUCCACAUUCCUCAAACAGAUGCGCAUCAUUAACGGACAAGAGUUUGACAAAAAAGCACUUCUGGAUUUCCGGGACACUAUCUAUGAGAAUAUACUGAAGGGCAUGCGUGUGCUGGUAGACGCCCGGGACAAGCUGGGCAUCAGCUGGCAGAGCUGUGAGAACGAGAAGCAGGGCAUGCUGGUGAUGUCGUGGGAGGGACGUGUGGGCGGCUCAGGGGUCGAGCCAAGUGAAUUUCAGCUGUAUGUGAUGGCACUGAGCACACUCUGGGCAGACACCGGCAUACAGGAGGCCUACGCACGACGCUCCGAGUUCCAACUGGUGAGUAGAUUAGCACCAUAA